AAUAUUACUUUAGUUGAGGUUCUAUUUUGUGUAAAGAGUUUGAGAAUCACAAGAUAUUAUCUGUAAAAUGAGGCGCACACAUAAAUGAAGGUCAAAGCGUGUCGUGUUUUCCCGUCAUUUUAACUUUUCAGCCUUUCCCAGCUUACCCAAUAGUUGACUUCAUAUUGUUGCCAAAUGAGCAGCAGGUUUGUUGAAGUGUUCCAGCCCAGCAGUAUUGACAGCACAACUAUUGUAGCUAGCAGGGCCAAUCAGUGCCUCUGGGCAAAGUACAAAGUUUAUCCUCAUGACAGCAACACUAGGCUUUUACAGAGUCAUUUCCAUCAGAUCCUCUUCACACAACUUUGGGAGUUUUGGUGUCUGGAGGCCCUAACACCACAACAUGUUUGUGUCUGUGGUCCUGCUUCUGCUCGUGCUGUGCGCCCGUGGAGGACGAGGCGAAGACGACAUGAAGAAGCAGAGCCGUGGUCAUGUUUCCGUGGUCAUAGUCGGCGGCACGGGGGAUUUGGCCAGGAAGUACUUGUGGCAGGGCUUCUUCCAGCUCUACCUGGACCACGUCAGUAGGGGAAGCACCUUCUCCUUCUACGCUGGCGGACAGUCUCCUCCGGACAAGGCAACGCCCAUUUUCUUUGGUAUUGUGAAGGCGGUGUCGUGCACAAAGGAUGUGUCAGAACAGCGCUGCGCUGUGCUGAAGGAGCAGUUCUUGCGACUGGCGCAGUAUCGGCAGCUCAAGACCCCGGAGGACUACCAGGACUUGUCCAAACACAUUGAGCGGCAGGCCCAAGAGGAAGGUCUGACCGAAGCCGGGCGACUAUUUUACCUCUCAGUGCCGGCAUUCGCCUACGCUGAUGUCGCAGAUAAAAUACACACCGGUUGCCGUCCUGCCGCUGGAGGUGCGUGGCUCCGAGUGGUCCUGGAGAAACCUUUUGGACACGACCUGAGAAGCGCUCAAGUGCUGGCGGCUCGGCUUGGGAACUCGUUGCAGGAGGAAGAAAUGUACAGAAUUGACCACUACUUGGGGAAGCAGGUGGUGUCCAAGAUCCUUCCAUUCAGAGUAGAAAACAGAAAGUUUCUGGACCCCAUUUGGAACAAGCAGCACAUUGAAAGAAUAGAAAUUGUUUUGAAAGAGACACUGGAUGUGAAAGGUCGCAUUCCUUUCUAUGACCAGUACGGCGUGAUCAGAGACGUGAUACAGAACCACCUGACUGAGGUCUUGACUCUACUGACGAUGAGGCUUCCUGCAAAUCUCAGCGACAGUGAGGAAGUUCUCCAGAACAAGCUUCAGGUCUUCAGUUCUCUGCUGCCUUUAGGCAAGAACCAAGCGGUGACGGGCCAGUACCAAGCGUACCAAGCUGAGGUCCAGCAGGAGCUCAACAAGACCAAAGAUCACGUCACCCUGACGCCAACGUUUGCAGCCGUGUUGGCGCACAUGGAGGCGGCGCAGUACGAGGGCGUGCCCGUUCUUCUGCUGGCAGGGAAGAUGUUGGACCAGCGCGUGGGAUACGCACGUGUUCUCUUUAAGAACGACGUGUUCUGUGUGCAGGACCAGCACAACCUUCACUGCAAGCCCAAGCAGAUCAUUUUCUACUUUGGCCACGGCAACCUUCAAUACCCAGCAGUCCUGGUGACCAAGAACCUCUUCAAGCCUUCUGUGAUGGAGGGCAAGUGGAAGGAAGUGACGGAGCAAGCGGAUAUUCCUGUUGUGGGCUUGCCAGCUUCACAUUACUACGUCCAAACCCCAAAAGUGCAGCAGGAAGCUUAUGCAGAACUCAUCUCUCACAUCUUCACUGGACACAAAAAUACUUUCAUUAGUACUGAGAAUCUUUUAGCUUCUUGGGGCUUUUGGACACCGCUGCUUCAGAGCUUAGCAGGCUCCUUCCCCCGCGUGUACCCCGGAGGCGCCCACAACGGAGACCUGUUGGACGUUUGUCUGAAGGGGAAGGAGAUCAGCUUCAUCAGCGAGGCGGUGAUCAUCAGCCCGGAUCACGUAGGCGGAGCGUCAGCCGCUAGUUUCCAGGCCAUGCAAGGGAAGUUCCGUAACGUCACUAUGGUGUCCGCUUGGGCCGAGGAGCUGGUGGAGCGUCUGGCGGCAGACUUACAGGAAGCGGCAGAGGCGGCGGUGCUCCAAGGCGGCGUUUUCCAUCUGGCCCUCUCCGGUGGGGCCACGCCCAUCGCUCUCUUCCAGAGGCUGGCCUUGCACCACUUCUCCUUCCCGUGGAGGAACACCCACAUUUGGAUGGUGGACGAACGCUGCGUGCCGCUCAGCGAUCCUGAGUCCAACUUCUUCAACCUCCAGUGGCAUCUCCUGCAGCACGUGCACGUUCCUUACCUCAACAUCCACCCCAUGUUGGUGCAGCUGGGCCAGCGUCUCUGCGUGGAGGACGACCACGCAGCACAAAUGUACCAGGAGGACAUCGCCAACCACGUCAAUGCCUCCAGCUUCCACUUUGUGCUCUUGGGAGUCGGCCGUGACGGCCACACGGCGUCGCUCUUCCCCGGCGGCGAUGCCACGGACAGCCAGGAGGGUCUGGUGGUCCUCAGCGAGAGCCCCGUGAAGCCACACCGCCGCAUGAGCCUCACGCUCGGCGCCAUCAACCAAGCUCAAAAGGUGGCCGUGUUAGUGUUGGGCAAAAACAAACACGAGCUCAUCACCCAGCUGAGCCGCAGCAAGGACCGCCCUGACAAGUGGCCCGUCACGGGGGUCCGACCCUCUGAAGGCUCGCUAGCCUGGUACAUCGACUAUGAUGCUCUUUUAGGUUAAAUGAUAAAUAAAUGGUUAGCACAACAUCUUGGAUUUGUGUUGGGGAAGUUGUGUACAAAUACACACAAUGUAAUUGUAGUACUACAAUAUAGUGUAUUGGAAAAAGUUUGAAUAUUUAAAGUUGAAACAGUUGUCAAAGUGGAGGCAUAUACCAAUCUGAUUAAAGCACAUAUUUCAGUUUACACCAGUCAAAUAUGCACUUUUAUAAUCAGCUGUGUUUGUUUCUUUAUCAAAUCUGGGGUCUACUUUUCCAACAUUUUUAUUCACUAUUCUAUCCCAGCUGGGCACUAAAAUUAGCAUCUUGGCUAUUUUGACCUUUUUUAACUUCUGUAUUAGUAAGUGUUUAUUACAGUGCUGCUAUUACUUGCGCUGCUGACCUGUCUCCGCUCGGGAUGGUCUCCUGCUGGCCCCACUAUGGACUGGACUCUCACUAUUAUGUUAGAUCCACUAUGAACUGGACUCUCACUAUUAUGUUAGAUCCACUAUGGACUGGAUUCUCACUAUUAUGUUAGAUCCACUAUGGACUGGACUCUCACUAUUAUGUUAGAUCCACUAUGGAUCACUAUUAUGUUAGAUCCACUAUGAACUGGACUCUCACUAUUAUGUUAGAUCCACUAUGGACUGGACUCUCACUAUUAUGUUAGAUCCACUAUGGACUGGACUCUCACUAUUAUAUUAGAUCCACUAUGGAUCACUAUUAUGUUAGAUCUACUAUGGACUGGACUCUCACUAUUAUGUUAGAUCCACUAUGGACUGGACUCUCACUAUUAUGUUAGAUCCACUAUGGACUGGAUUCUCACUAUUAUGUUAGAUCCACUAUGGAUCACUAUUAUGUUAGAUCUACUAUGGACUGGACUCUCACUAUUAUGUUAGAUCCACUAUGGACUGGACUCUCACUAUUAUGUUAGAUCCACUAUGGAUUGGACUCUCACUAUUAUAUUAGAUCCACUAUGGACUGGACUCUCACAAUAUUAUGCUAGAUCCACUCGACAUCCAUUGCACCAGUCGCCCAGGGGGCGGGGGAUCCUCCAAGGUUUCUCAUUGUCCCAUUGGGUUGAGUUUUUCCUUGCCCUGAUGUGGGAUUUGAGCCGAGGAUGUCGUUGUGGCUUGUGCAGCCCUUUGAGACACUCGUGACUUAGGGAUAUAUAAGUAAACUUUGAUUGAUUGACAGUGCUGCUUAAUUACACACACAAAUACAACUAUAAAUGGUACGUGUCUCUUAAAUUGUUAUAAGUACACCUCUGCAUAAAUUGUAUCUUUAAUAAUAAAGAAAAAAUAUAGUUCAACUUCAGCAAAGAACAAACUUUAUUAACAUUGUUUUUAGUCUGUCAGAAAAGAUUUAAAGUGCACCGAUUUGGUCAAAAUUAAAAUAUGUUUUUAUCCCUUUUCAAACUAAACAUUUUGACCGAUUUCAACCAUUUGAAACUGAAAAAUGAAAUGUUGUAAUAAAUAAAUAAAUGAUCACUCAAAUUGAUCAGCAAUGUUAACUUAGAACAAUAUAUGAAACAUUUUCACCUACAAAACUUCAAAUAAAUGAAUGUUGUGUCAAAUGUGUCAUGUUUCAGUGUUUCAAAGUGAGGCUAACUAAAUGAUUGGUUCUUUCCAAAAUGUACAAACAGCAAGGCAAGUUUAUUUAUAGAACACAAUUAUUACACACGGCAAUUUAAAGUGCUUUACCGAUACAAAGAAUAACAAGAAGGCAAAAAGAACCAUUGAUUCAAAGAGUGUAGAUUAAAAUAUUUAUGCAGUUAAAUUUACAAGGUAUAUUUCUACCUUAUAUAAUGGUCUGGAGUGCUUGAGAAAGUUUGUGUGUGACUUUGUGUGAUCACUUGGUGAUUCAUGAACAAUUAUGUUGUACAACACAACCAAUGCUAGGACAACAAUAAAAGCAAACUGCUGAGUCAUCAAUAACAGCACUGAUGAGUUGGUUGUAAUUAAAUGUUUUGAACUUGCACAGAGCUAGAUAAAGCUACUCAUGACACUUCAAAAGCAGCUGCUGCCAUCUUUGAAUAUUUACUCUCUAAAACUACAUCUGGAGGUUGUCUACAGCCGCAGCUGUUAAGCAUAAUAUCCACAACCUGAUGCUUAUGACAGACACUACUACAAUACUUUUGAAUUCUGCAGUUGAGGGAAGUAACACACUUAAUGCACCCUUUGGUACCGGAAAUAAAUACAUUUUGUUGACUUACUCGAUAUUAUUGAAAAUCAACCAAAGCAGUGCCAAAAUAAACUUUCUUUUUUUCAACUGUAAAUGUGAUAAUACACAUAUUGGAAUAUUGAAAUGUGCAAUGUGUAAAUCAAGGUUCCUGAUAUGCAUAUCAGGAAACUUUAUUUGUUUCAUUGUUGCACAAGCUUUCUAAGCAGAAGAAGAGAUUUAUCAUAGAUCAAAUAUGACAUAUAAUACCCACGUGACAUAAAAGUAUGUUAACACAUUAAACAUGUAAAAAAACAAUGUUGUGCUGAGAUUAUAACCACCUUCACAUCAGAAUUAUGAUGGAAUAAAAAUAAAGCAGACAAACUUCAUGGGCUGCAGAGGAUGUGAAUGAUGUAACUUUCUGAGGGUCAUGUGACUUGCGGAAUAUUCCAGAUUUUCCUAAGGGUUUGGUGAAAACUACAAAAAAAAGAUGUUUUAAGAAAAUAAGAUAUGCAAAAAAUGUGAGAUUUAAAUAAUCAUAUGAUAUUGUAUAGAAGGUAAUUCUGUAUUUUUCUCUUUGAAAACUGCUCUUGUUGCUUUUCAUAUUUUACUUUCCUUAUGUUGAAAUCUGACAACUUUUCUCGGAGGUGAUCUGGUACUUUCUUUGUUAUCCAUAAACUCAAAGCUGUUUGAUGCAAUAACUUAAUAUUAUUAAAAUGCCUCAUUCAUCUUUGA